AUGGCGCAGAUAGGCGAGGAUCUGCUUCAGCGACCGCUGUAUGUGUUCGACCUGCCAAAAGAGCUGCUGGCCACGCUCGAAUACAAAGACCAGUCCGGCCGGCCCAUCGCAGCGACAGCACUCGAAUUAUCGACACCGACAGAUGAGUCCUCGGAGAAGCCAGACACGGAUGAGGGCGGCGCGUCGAAGGCGACGUCGUGCAACUUCUGCGCGCUCAACUUCAGCUCCGUAGCCGAGCAGCGCAAACACGUCCGCUCCGACCUGCACGGCUACAACCUGAAGCAGAAGAUCAAGGGGCAACAGCCCGUGGGUGAGGCCGAGUUUGAGAAGCUCAUCGGCGAGCUGGACGAGAGCAUAUCGGGCUCCGAGUCGUCCGAGUCGUCCGAGGACGAGGUUGACGAGAAUGGCAAGCCGAAGGACUCGACGCUGAGCGCGCUGCUGAAGAAGCAGGCGAAGAUAUCAGAUCCCGCGUUCGACGAGUUUGCGUCGAGGAAGAAGCAGCGUGGGCCGGGCAAUGCGCCGUUGCUGUGGUUCUCGUCGCCGAAGCUGCCGGAGAACAUGUCGCUAGGGAUAUACCGCGCGAUUCUAACCAACGCCGAGCAGGAAGAGGAGUCGCAUGUAGUCGAGACAAUACGCAACAAGCAGCUCGCGCCCAAACAGCCGCCCAAGGUCAAGUCUUCGGAGGGUGGCGUGCCGCUCCCACAGACAGAUAUUGGGCCGCAUUACUUCCUCGCCAUGAUCGGCGGUGGGCAUUUCGCAGCCAUGAUCGUCGCCCUCGCGCCCAAGGUCGGCAAGAGCCACACCGGCGUCGACGAGCGAUCCGCCACGGUCAUCGCGCACAAGACUUUCCACCGCUACACGACUCGACGGAAGCAGGGUGGCUCGCAGUCGGCGAACGACAAUGCCAAGGGCAACGCGCACUCGGCUGGUUCGUCGAUUCGGCGCUACAACGAGAAUGCCUUGAUACAGGAGGUUCGCGAUCUGCUGACGAGCUGGAAGUCGAUGAUUGACACAGCGGAUCUAGUCUUUGUGCGCGCGACCGGUGCUACGAACCGACGCACAUUGUUCGGGCCAUACGAGGGCCAGGUCCUGCGCACAAACGACCCAAGGAAUCGAGGAUUCCCGUUUAGCACACGGCGAGCCACACAGAAGGAGCUGAUGCGUGCUUUUGUCGAACUCACGCGUGUGAAGCAAAGCACCAUCGACGAAGCAGCGCUCGCCGCCCUCAAUGCGCCGCAGCCCGAACAAGUGCCAAAGAAGCCCACCGCGAAGCCGAAGCCUCAGAAGGUGUCAAAGGAGGACGAGGCCGCCAUGCUCCACACAUCGCAGAUCAUACCACUGAUCAAGCGUUCCAAAGUACCUGCGUUGCUCAACUACAUCACGACCAACGAAAUCCCCCCCACAUUCACCUUCAUCCCCGAGAACCACCACACGCCCACUCCCCUCCACCUAGCCGCGUCUCUCAACGCGGCGCCCAUCAUCUCCGCGCUGCUCACCAAGGCAGGCGCAGACCCCACCCUCAUGAACGAUGACGCACGAACACCCUUCACUAUCGCCGGCGACCGCGUAACCCGCGACGCCUUCCGCGUCGCACGCUCAGAACUAGGCGAGAGCGCGUGGGACUGGGAUCUCGCGGGCGUUCCCGCGGCCCUGACUCGCGCCGAAGCAACGGCGCGCGACGAGCAAGACAAGUCCGAAAGAGCCGCGGAGUCGCACGCAGAAGCCGAGCGUCGCAAGGCCGAGACUGAGCGCGUGAGGAAGGAAAGCGAGGCUGCUGAGGCGGCGAGGACGACGCAGAGACUCGGUAAGGGAAACGCGCUUGGCAGGCUGCUGGAGAAGACGGGUGCGCAGGUUAGAGAGGAGCAGGCUAGGGGGUUGACGCCUGAGGCGCAGGCCAGACUUGAAAGGGAGAGGAGGGCGAGGGCUGCGGAGGAGAGGAUGAAGCGGUUUGCGCAGGGUAAUUAG